CUGCAGCUGGGUCCCGGCUGGACGCCCCCAGAAUGAACCGUGGGCGCCGAGGAGCCCAGCUGGGGGCCCUGGCAGCGAGCAAGGUGACUUGUAGUUGUGCCUAGAGCUGACAGGAUGACAGCUAGCAGGACAGCUGAGACCAGGAGCAACAGCCAGAUGGAAAAGUCGAACUACAAACUUGUUAACAAGGUCAAGCUUGCAAAUCCAAAGGCGGUAGAAGAACUGGGGAGGAGCUCCUUCACAGCCUCCAGCCAUUACUCUUCUCUGGAUGUCUCCAGCCACUCUGGUCCAUUCCUAGAGACUGAUCGGGAUCUAACCACUAGAAGCAGCCCACCAGAACCACUAAACGAUCUGAUGCUGGGGCCGAGACUUGACUGUUUUCCUCAGAAUAUGCUCAGCCCCAAAAUGCUCAUCAGUGACCCAGCCGUGGAUCUUAGCUCCAAGGAAGUCAGCAGGGCUAUGAGGAGGCAGGGGAGUAUCGCUCAGAACCCCCGCCCCACUGGGAGGGCCAGUGCUCGACACAAUUCUCUUAGCAUAAAGGACAAGAUUUCUGAAUGGGAAGGAAAGAAGGACUUGUCAGCUCCUCUGAUAGGCAAGAAGGAAGACGGGCAGGGAAGCCAAGGGAAAUACAAGGCAUCUUGUCUCCCAGAGAAAGUAAGUAGAGACAGUGUGCAGAUAAAGAAGGUGGGAGCUAAGAACGCACCAGCCCAGGAGCCCACUAGCAAGGAAAGCGAAAGAAAUGCAGGGACAACGAAUGUCAGAGGGCAAGGCACAGAGAGAAGAAGGCAGGACUUGACAGAGAAGGAUGGAGAUUCGGAUCUUAGCAUUGCGGGCGUGAGAGAGAAGUUGGGAAAACCGCAGGUUCAGAAAGAUAGCCAGUCAGUGCUAAGGCAAGUAAAGAAACUGGAACAGGUCUUGAAGGAGGGAGCAGCAGACUUGCAUCCCCAGUUACCAGGUACUUAUUACUCACCUCACUGCUUGCCAGAGAGAGCAGAUGAGGGGCUUCAUGGGGGGGGGUGUGGCUCUGAGCUUAGCAAGAGACUCAUUAACUUGGACUUGGAAGCAAAGGAGCCCCCAUCUGAGACUGUGGAGGAAGUAAAAGGGCCAUGCAGGAGGCCUUGGGACCAGAGUCUAGAGAACGUCUAUAAGGGGUCGGAGGCGUCCCCCCCAAAGCCUUUCAUCAACCCACUGCCCAAACCCAGGCGAACUUUCAAACACGAAGGAGAAGUAGUCGAGGAAUGGAGCCGGACCCCCAGCUUCAGGAGGGACAAGAGGAACUUGCCUCCCCUGCCCUCGCUGCCUCCCCCACCCCUCCCUUCCUCUCCUCCUCCUCCUGCUGUGAGCAGAAGAUUGUGGAACGGAAGGCAGAAAAACAACGCAGAUCACAGGAAGUCAUAUGAGUUUGAAGACUUACUGCAGUCUUCGUCUGAGAACAGCAGAGUGGACUGGUAUGCACAGACUAAGCUGGCACUCACACGCACUUUAUCUGAGGAGAACAUCUAUGAGGACAUUCUGGAUCCACCACUGAAGGAGAAUCCUUAUGAGGACAUUGAGUUACAUGGUCGCUGCCUGGGAAAGAAGUGUGUCCUGAACUUUCCAGCGUCCCCCACCUCCUCCAUCCCUGACACUCCCACCAAGUUAGCUUCCAAACCUGCAUUUUUUCGUCAAAAUUCAGAGAGGAGGAACUUCAAGCUGUUGGACAUGAGAAAGCUAAGUCGAGAUGGCACUGGAUCUCCAUCCAAAAUCAGCCCACCCUCUACUCCCAGCAGCCCAGAUGAUACUUUCUUCAACCUGGAAAAUCCCCAAAAUGGAAAGAGGAGAAGAAAGAUACCCAAGUUGGUGUUACGGAUCAAUGCCAUUUAUGAAGCCCGCAGGGGCAAGAAGCGGGUGAAGAGGCUAUCGCAGUCAACAGAGAGCAAUUCGGGAAAAGUGACAGAUGAAAACAGUGAAUCAGACAGUGACACGGAAGAGAAACUGAAAGCUCACAGCCAACGCCUGGUCAACGUGAAAUCCCGUCUGAAGCAGGCCCCUCGGUAUCAGUGUCUGGAGCGGGAUCUCAUUGAGUACCAAGAGAGGCAGCUAUUUGAGUAUUUUGUGGUGGUGUCACUACAGAAGAAACAGGCAGGGGCUGCAUACGUGCCAGAACUCACACAGCAGUUCCCUCUAAAGCUGGAUCGAUCAUUCAAAUUCAUGAGGGAAGCAGAAGACCAGCUUAAGGCUAUUCCCCAAUUCUGUUUCCCCGAUGCUAAGGAUUGGGUACCUGUGUACCAGUUUACCAGUGAAACAUUCUCAUUUGUCCUGACUGGAGAGGACGGAAGUAGAAGGUUCGGGUACUGCCGCAGGCUUCUGCCUGGUGGCAAAGGGAAACGCCUCCCUGAAGUUUACUGCAUUGUGAGCCGCCUAGGAUGCUUCAACCUCUUUUCAAAGAUCUUGGAUGAGGUAGAAAAACGUCGGGGCAUCUCCCCUGCCUUGGUGCAGCCACUCAUGAGAAGCGUCAUGGAAGCCCCUUUCCCAGCUCUGGGCAAAACCAUCACUGUUAAGAACUUCUUGCCAGGCUCUGGAACUGAAGUGAUUGAACUGUGUCGGCCCCUCGACUCCAGGCUUGAGCACGUUGAUUUUGAGUCUCUCUUCUCAUCUCUCAGCAUCAGGCACCUGGUUUGUGUCUUUGCUUCCCUACUGCUGGAGAGGAGGGUCAUCUUUAUUGCGGAUAAGCUCAGUACCCUCUCCAAGUGCUGCCAUGCCAUGGUGGCCCUCAUCUAUCCCUUCACUUGGCAACAUACCUACAUCCCCGUGCUGCCGCCAUCCAUGAUUGACAUCGUGUGCUCACCAACUCCCUUCCUGAUUGGGCUGCUCUCCAGCUCACUGCCUUUGCUCAAGGAGCUGCCCUUGGAAGAGGUCCUCGUGGUAGACCUUGUAAACAAUCGUUUCCUUAGACAGAUGGAAGAUGAGGAUUCCAUUCUGCCCCGAAAGCUGCAAGUAGCCUUGGAACACAUCCUGGAGCAGAGGAAUGACCUGGCUAGUGACCAAGAUGAGGGUCCUUUAGAUUGUAAAUACGGCCCAGAGUUCAGUCCCUUGGAUGAGGUGGUAUCUGAAGCCUUUGUUCGAUUCUUUGUGGAAGUUGUGGGUCAUUACUCCCUGUUCCUGAUAGCCAACGAACGGGAGGAGAGGACUUUGCAGCGGGAGGCUUUCCGAAAAGCUGUCUCCUCCAAAAGCCUCCGACGCUUCCUGGAGGUCUUCAUGGAAACACAGACCUUCCGGGGCUUCAUCCAGGAACGGGAACUACGGAAGCAGGAGGCGAAGGGUCUGUUUGAGGUCCGAGCACAGGAGUACCUGGAGACACUCCCCAGUGGUGAACAAAGUGGUGUCAAUAAGUUCUUGAAAGGGCUAGGAAAUAAAAUGAAGUUUCUCCACAAGAAAUAAGCCUUGACACAGUUAUUCAAAUGAUUUUAUGACUCAGCCGAAAAAAAAAGAUAAAUUCCCACCUGUGCCACCACAUGUUUUGAAAACUAUCCCUGUGGGCUCUUCCGAAGGGGGUAGAAUUGAGCUUGAAGUACAGGGAAGAAAUGGAAAAUGUCCCAGGCGCCAACUCAGCCUUGAAAUUUCUCCCAGGACAGAGAACAAGAGAAAGAAAGAGAGAGAAAUAACCCAGCCAGCCCUGGCUUCUUCAGUCCCUGCACUGGAAAAGGACCUUGGGAUCCAGCACAUCACUGAUGUUCAAGUGGAUUUUUUUUAUACAUAUAUGUCUUAGAUAUUAAAAAAAAAA